ACAUCGACAUUUUCGAUGGCCGCACGCGCGGCGCUCCGGGCGCUCGAAAGUACACGUCGUUCUAGGUUGUAGCACCGAGUUCUGAAAAAUUCGAGGUGUGAUAAGCGCGGUGUGUGGACUCCGACCCCGCAACAGCAAUGACGGAGAUUGCCGACUGGUUCCGCAGUUUGCCCGUCUUCACACGCUAUUGGUUCGGCUUGUCCGUGCUGUUCCCUAUCCUUGGCCGCUUUAGGCUGGUCAACCCGCAGCAUUUAGUGCUCAGUUACGACCACUUUAUCAAAGGCUUUCAGAUAUGGCGGCCAAUCACGUCUGUGUUCUUCUACCCAAUGGGUUUCCACUACCUGGUGAACCUUUACUUCCUCUACACAUACUCCAUACGCCUGGAAACAGGUCUCUUUGAUGGGCACCCGGCCAAUUACCUCUUCAUGCUGCUUUUCAACUGGAUCUGCAUAGUUAUUGUCGCCCUCUUGUCAGACCUCAUGCUCCUCAUGGACCCCUUGGUGCUGAGUGUCCUCUACGUUUGGUGUCAGCUCAACAAGGACGUCAUUGUAACCUUCUGGUUUGGCACACAAUUCAAGGCCAUCUACCUUCCCUGGGUCCUGCUUGCAUUCAACAUGAUAAUCAGUGGCGGGGGCCUGUAUGAGCUUAUCGGCAUCCUGGUGGGACACCUCUACUUCUUCCUCAUGUUCAAGUACCCACAGGAGUUUGGUGGCCGCAACCUUCUCCAAGUGCCCUCCAUCUUGUAUCGCUACUUCCCAGACCGCGUUGGUGGUGUGAGCGGCUUUGGCCAGGCUCCGGCGCCAAGGAGACCAGCAGAUGGUGGCAACAAUGACCCCAAUGCAGGAGGUGGCUGGCACAACUGGGGAAGGGGCCAAGUACUCGGGAACUAGGGUCCAGACGGCAUCGCUCCGGACGCGCCCUUCUGGAGCUACCUGCAAUGGGGCACAACCACUUUCCUGAGGAGGGGGAGCAUGGGCAAGAACCUCGAGUUCGCCACGCGAGUGUGGUGGCAGUCACGUCAAAAGUGCAUGGCGCUGAACACCAUUCCUUCCUUGUCGUGGUGUAACCCCUCUCCCCCCACUCUUUCCUGACUUAUGUGACCCCAGUCUCUUCCCUCAUUUCCUUUUUCGUGCUGGGCACGAGUUGGUGAUAAACUUCAGCUUUAACCCCAUAAUGCUAGGGGAAGAGGCAAGAUGUUCAAAAACAGAAAAGUAGCACAAGCAUUCUUGCGACGAGUCGGGCCAGUAUUGUUCGAAACGUGUGUCGCACAAGAGACUGUCAUAAUCAGAGCCAAGCCUUAGAUAUAAAUUAUUCUUUUUCCAGUGUGUUGCUCGAUUUUCCUGUCUUUCAUGUGAGCGCCAUGCUUAACAAUUCUCUGGAGCGACGUCAGUUGACGUAACAGUUUCCGGAUGCUGUGGAUCAGCUGUUUCGAUCAUGCUCUCAGGCCAGAAAAUGUUAAAUAAAAUUUGCACUUCUUUUUCUUUAAGUGAAGCCCAUUGGUUGAUCUAUGUGUAGGUGUUGCUGCAAAGCAAUGUUAGUUAGCACUGAUGAUUGUGUUUUCUAACCUUGGCAGCUGCUGAUGUUAGAGCGCUUGGAGAAUUGCUGAAAGCUUGCAGAGUUUUUGUUUGUUGAGCACGGACUGAAUCGCACAUGCUAGGCUGAUAAAAUGUGUUGUGGUUGAGCUUGCCGUCACUCCAUUUUCUUUCUGUCACAGACGCCCAUUUCUGCAGAUUACAACAGCUGCAUUAGGCUUCUUUGCUUCGCAGCUGAGCUUUACUUGCUUUAAUUGAUCUGAGAAUGGGAGCAGAUCUUUGUUGGGAUAUGUAUUGAAAUAAAGCAGUUUUUUAUUUCAUGGAA